ACCUAGUGGUGAGGCUGAUGUUUUGAAACUGAGUGAAUCUGUAUUUAAAGUAGGCAUCGUUCCAUUUUACUUUUUUAAAUUAGUGUCACCUCGACUAACAAAAUAUGUUUUUUAAUACUGAGUUUACCGAGGCCAAAAUGUUUGUCUCAAACGCUGUGAUGUGCUAAUUUGGAAGGUCCAAUCGAGUCAUUUGUGUCGCAUGGCUUUUAUCCUGUCAAGCCAUAAAGCCACUAAAUGGAGAAUCAAAUGAUGGAGACACAGACGCGCGAGAGACGGCGGAGCAUUAAUCCGUGUGAGAUGGAAAUUUCUCUGACAGGACAGGCUCAACAUUCACUGUGUACUAAGCAAAGAAUAAGCAAACUAGCAAGCAGUCUCGCUGGCUUCAGGACUCUUCCUGGGUGAAAUUUCCAUCAGCAGAUACUCCAUCCAGCGAUUGCCAAAGGGUUAUCAGUUCUCACGACCGAGCGGUGAUGGUGUGACAUACAUAUCUUCCACGCUCUGAUCUUCCCGAGGGGGAGCCACCGAAGAUUAGCCAGCAGAUGAUGCAUCAGGAAAAGGACGAAAGGCUGUGUUUAUCUGCUGUCCUCGUGUCACAGAGAGCUUCUGAGGAGCAUUCAGCUGCCAGCAACAUCAGCAGGCCUCAGCCAUCUAGCUGUUUACCUUACCGUCACAGCUAAAGUGAUGAGUCCCUGCCUUUGCUUUCAGGACUAAAAGUGGACAGGACGUCAAUUGGCUGGACUAUGAUUCUAAAAGAUGACUCGGGUGUAACGGGCCAGAAAUGGCGUGUCGGGAACUACCUUCUGCUUUCUGUGUCUCUCGCUGCGAUGCAAGUGCGGUCGGACCUGGAUUUCCCAAAGGACAGACACUAUAUGUGGAAAACGGGUCAGUGGGGAAGGUGUAUGGGAGAGGAAUGUGGAACAGGUGGACUUCAGUCCAGGACGGUGUGGUGCAUCCACACUGAGGGCUGGAACACACAUCACUCCAACUGCCGACACACAGACAAACCUGAGAGCCAGAAGCCUUGCUUUAAAGUGUGUGAGUGGCAUCAAGACCUCUUUGAAUGGGAUGUUUCAGAAUGGGGGCCGUGCGUUCUAGCCCCCUUCCAGUCGAACGAGCUCAGGCUUCGGACUUUAGAGUGUAUCACGGCCCAGCACGGCAUUCAGAGACGGAAGGUGCAUUGUGUGCGCACCUCAAACCGCACGGCUGUCACAGAACGGAUAUGCGAUUUCUUCUCCCCUCGACCGGCCCUAGAGCAGGCCUGCUUGAUCCCGUGUCCACACGACUGUGUCGUGUCUGAUUUUUCCCCCUGGUCCGGCUGUAGCAGGACAUGUGGCUCGGGUCUCCAGCAUCGGAUCCGGCACGUGCUGGCGGCACCGAUGUACGGAGGGGCAAACUGCCCCAAUCUCACCCAAACAAGGACUUGUGCAAACUUGUCACCGUGUCCGAUUGGGGAAAGCGAGCAUGAGUAUAGCCUUAAAGUCGGUGCCUGGAGUGAAUGCAGGCAGGUGCAACAUAAGGGUCUCUGGAUGGGUGGUAGGACAAUGCUGGACUUCAGCACAGGAGACACAGAGAGGAACACAGUGAAACGUCAUAUCCAGAGCUCCCAGCACCAUCAUCACCAUCUCCACCACCAUCAUCACCACAGUUUAAAAGGCUUGGAUGUUGAGAUCGGCUACCAGACGCGGCAGGUUCGUUGUGUACGCAGCGAUGGGAAGAACGCCAUGCUGAGUCUUUGCACCCUUGACAAUGGCCCUGGCACAUUCCAGUCAUGUAUUAUGCCCAGAGACUGUGAGACUUCUGAUUGGUCAGCUUGGAGUCCAUGCUCAAAGACAUGUAGAGCGUCAGAUAUGUCUCCCGGUUUUCGGGUCAGGAGCCGAAGCAUAACGCAGACUCCCAUUGGUCAAGGGAAAGAGUGUCCUAUCCUUGAGGAAAAGGAGGCCUGCCACAUCAUUGGAGAUUUGCUUCCGAACUGUCCUAGGUAUAUUUGGAAAAGCACGGACUGGGGAGACUGUCACGUUGCACCGCUCCUCAGCCAACAGGACAGAAGGCUUAACAAUGUUAGCGUUCUCUGCGGUGGAGGGAUUCAGACCAGACAGCUGUACUGUGUACAGGUUCCAGAUAACUCCACCCCGUAUCACAGAAAAGAGGUGUCUCGGCCGGUCAGUGGGAAUCUGUGUUCAGGUGAUUUACCCUCUGCGGUGCAGCCCUGCUCCAAACCGUGCCCACAACAAUGCCUGCUUUCAUCCUGGUCCUCUUGGGGUGCCUGUCUCCACGACAACUGCAUGGAGACCCAAGGACGAAAGGGCUACAGGCAGAGGAGGAGAGAGGUGCUGGAGGACGGAUCUGGAACAGAAAACUGUGCCCACCUUUUGGAGUCGAUGCCCUGCGAGGAUCCGGUGUGCUUUCUGUGGCAGGUGCAGUUAAAGAGCGCUUGCGUACCUGGCAAUGGAAACUGUGGAAAUGGAAGCAGGACUCAAAUUGUUGCUUGCGUCAACUCGCAAGGACAGGUUGUUCCUGAGGAUCUCUGUGAAGAUGAUGCGCCUCCUAAAGAGGUCUCCUGUGAGAUGUCCUGUCCUGGUGACUGUGUCCUCAGCUCAUGGUCCGACUGGUCCUCCUGCUCCCACAGUUGUUCAAUUAAAAACUCAGAAGGAAGACAGAGCCGCACACGGACCAUAUUAGGAUUACCAGGGGAAGAUAAGGCAUGUCCAGCUGCUACUGCUCUGGAGGAGUGGAGAACUUGUAAUGAUCAUCCAUGCGUCAUAUUCUACUGGGAAGCGUCGCCAUGGGGACCGUGCAUUGAAGACUCCUCCAUGAAUGUAAAUGGAACGGGGUACUGGAACGGAACGGCCACCUGCGCAGCCGGGGUGCAGAUUCGUAAGGUGGUCUGCAUGAAAUUGGGCGUCGGUCCAGUUGUUCCCAAAAGGUGUCCGGAUUCUGCCCGACCAGAUACUGUUCAGCCCUGUUUAUUGCCUUGUGAGAAAGAUUGCAUUGUGACGCCUUUUAGUGAAUGGACAGCCUGCCCUACCACAUGCCUGCCAGCAAACAGCACCGUGCACUCACAGUCACGAUACAGGAUCAUUGUUCAGCAUGCAGCCAACGGAGGUCAAGAGUGUCCAGACACGCUGUAUGAGGAAAGAGAAUGCGAGGCUCUUUCUGUUUGUCCUACAUACAGGUGGAUGACUCACCAAUGGCAUCCGUGUACUCUGGUCCCAGACUCUGUUCAGCAGGGAUUGACGGGAGCAACGGAAUCAUGUGGAAAAGGAUUGGAGAUGAGAGGAGUGAGCUGUGUAGACGAGUAUGAUGAGGUAGCUGCUGUGUCGGAGUGUCUGAGGUGGGCCGGGCCGAUGCCGUCACGCUUCAGGAGCUGUUGGGUGCCCUGCAGGGAUGACUGCAUCUUUAGCGCCUGGUCCCAAUUCACAGAGUGCUCCGGCUGUGGGAGCCGACGAACCCGUAAACGCACCCUGACAGGUCGAAGCAGAAAACAAGAGCGUUGUCAGAAAGAAAGCUUGUACCCUUUGGUGGAGUCUGAGCCGUGUCCUUGUGAUGAGUUUGUUUCCCGACCAUAUGGUAACUGGUCGUCUUGCAUCCUGUCGGAGACUCCGGCGCAAGGAUCUCUCCAGGGUUGGAGAGGUCGGAGAGAGACACGCGACUGCGGUCAGGGUUUGCGUUUCCGAGCUAUUGCCUGUUUCGACCGGGAAAACCAACUGGUUAACCCAGACCUCUGCAGCGAAACAGGUUUGGUGGAAGAGGUGUGCCACGUGCCCUGCCCUCUGGACUGCAAACUGAGCGACUGGUCCACGUGGUCGGCCUGCAGCGCCUCCUGUGGCAGUGGGCUGAAAAUCAGGUCUAAGUGGCUACGCGAAAAACCGUUCAACGGCGGCCGUCCGUGCCCCAAAUUAGACCUGAAGAAUCAGGUGUAUGAGGCUGUUCCCUGUCGAAGUGAGUGUGCUCAGUACGAAUGGGUAACAGACCCCUGGUCAGUAUGCACCAUCAACACAGUAGAUGAACUCCCAGCCUGUGGUGAAGGCGUACAAAGUCGCAAGAUUCGGUGUGUGAGGCGUGGCAGUGGGGAUCAGGUUAGCAGUGUGAACGAGACACUCUGUGACCAAGAUGAAAUCCCUCCACAGGCUCAGACCUGCAUGCUGCCGUGUCCUAAUGAAUGUGUGAUGUCCCAGUGGAGUCAGUGGAGCACCUGUACGAUGCCAUGUGAUGAAAACACGGCGAGAACGAGGACGAGGCACAUGCUGCGCCCCCCGGUGGACGACAGAGGAUGUCCAGAGAGUAACCAAACGGAGCCCUGCAUCCUUAACAGCACCUGCUUUAAUUAUAACUACAAUGUCUCCAGCUGGAGCACCUGUCAGCUCAGCGAACAUGCCAUCUGUGGCCAGGGUGCGAAGACACGUCUCUUAGACUGCAUUCGGAGCGAUGGAAAAAUAGUGGAUAUGAGUGUGUGCGAAGAGCUGGGUCUUCCUCAGCCGUGGAGACUGACGAUGAACUGUGUGGUGCACUGCCCCUUUAACUGCAUCCUGUCCGAUUGGUCGUCAUGGACGGAAUGUUCACACACCUGCGGUAGCAAAGGUGUGAUGACCCGCUCUCGCAGUGUGCUACAGCAAGCCCACGAGGAAGGACGUCCGUGCGCCUCUCAGCUCUCCCAGACCAAACCCUGUCCCAUCAGCCCCUGCUACACAUGGCAUCUGAGCGAUUGGUCUCCCUGCAGAGUGGAGGGUGCAGAAUGUGGAGAGGGCAGACGGGAGAGAAACCUGACGUGUGCGGUGCAUUGGACGGACCGGGCAGACGGCUCCCAUCCUUCUAAAGCGCUGGAGGAUGAGAAGUGCGGAGACCGUGUGAGAAAAGAAAGCGAGCAGGAACUUCAGCAGCUGUGUUUUGUCCCCUGUCCAGGUGACUGUCACCUUACCGACUGGUCGUUGUGGAGUUCCUGUCAGCUGACGUGUUUGGAAGGGCGGAGUUUUGAGACAGUGGGACGUCAGGCACGUUCACGGGCCGUCGUCAUACAAGUUCUGGAGAAUCAGGACAGCUGCCCUCAACAGGUCUUUGAGACGCGUCCAUGUAAAGGAGGGAAGUGUCACAGUUACGAGUGGAGGACAAGUGCCUGGAAUGAGAAUAUAAGAUCAGUGUGGUGCCAGCGAUCUGAUGGGGUCAAUGUGACAGGGGGCUGCUUUCCACAAAACCGGCCAACCACUGUGCGACACUGUCACCCUCCGUGCACCAAACCGUUCUCCCACUGCAAGCAGAGCGGUGUGUGUGGGUGCGAGAGGGGCUACACUGAAGUUAUGAGCACACACGGGUUCCUGGAUUACUGCACCAAGACUCCAGGUGCCGACAACAAGAAGGCGGACGUGAAGACCAGCUCGGGAAGAUUAAAACCAGGCACUACUCAGAUCCAGGACUUCUUCGGCGAGUGGUCUCUGCAGCCGCUCGGCCCAGAUGGAAGACUAAAACUGUGGGUCUAUGGGUUAACUGCUGGAGGAUUCUUUCUGAUAUUAUUCAUUAUUGCUGUGGCCUUUCUGUUUUGCAAACUACCCAAGCAAAGCAAAAGUGCAUCUCCACCCCAGAAGCCCCUGACUCUGGCCUAUGAUGGAGAUGUGGACAUGUGAUCGAGCUCUCUGCGAAUGUACUUUCGAAGCACAAGCUGAACUACUUGUAACAUUUCAAAAUGUUCAUCACUCCAAAAAUAACAAAGAGGAAUCCUCUUGAAUGGACAGACACAGGAAGACGUUUCAAUCUUGAAAUCUGCAGCAGGCACGAAACUUGUGCGCAAGACUGUGGUCAUUGAAGAUGACGACAAUGACGGCUUCGGAUCAGUGAUCAUACGGAAAAAUCAUGACAUUCAAAGAGAGUACGAGACCCAGCUGACAUUCCACAGAAAAGAUGGAGGACUUUGACAUUUUCUUGCCCUGUUUUUUCAUAUAUCUUGAAAAAGAUAAAAGAAAUACAGCGGAAGGGCAUUUGAUGUUAGCGCAUCAGUCACAUUCAGCAAAGUCUGGAGUGACUUUUUCAUUAAUAGAGAAGGUGAAUGAAACGACUGAUGUGUUAUGCACUAUAUUAGUGCUUUUGUCAUUCUUUUGUUUCCUCAUUUGUGUUCAAACAGAUUUUCUAGUGUUUUUCAUCGUGAUGCAAAGGACUGCUGUAAACUGUUGUUUUCAUUGUAGAAUGCCUCUGAAUGUAUGUGUGUGUGUGUGUGUGUGUGUGUGUGUGUGUGAUCCACACAGUAAACCAAAACACAGCUUAUUUAUACUGAGAGGUCUGGUGACGAUCAGCCCCUACGGUUCCACCGCCCAGCUCCGUUUGACCUUUAACCUCCGUCUAGCAGCUGAAAAAUUGAUGAAGUUGUUCUGAGACCAGCGGAUAAUGAACUGUGUCCCUGUGACGCACAGAUGGGUUUCCGAAGCAGCUUCCCACAGUGUCCUGCAGUUAGAGGAACUCAUUUACUGUAGCACAGAUACAGUGGACCAAUGCAUUUAUGUAAAGUCUGCAUGAGCAUUAUACUGGAAGAGAGAGAAGAGCGAUCAUCAUUAUUACGAAUGUUUUUCAUUUGCAGAAGAGAGUACAGGUGCUGAUUCUGUAUUUUAAUAAAAGUGUUGAGAUUUUUUAGCUGUUUUUGCUUUAUAGACUUUUUGUUCUUGCAGGCGCGUAUUUGUCUUGAUUGUCUGUUUCAAGACUUAACUCCUUGUAUUCCCUGUUAAAAGAAAGCUUUUUUUUUAUUUUUGUCAUACUCAUUAUAAGGUAAUUAAACCCUGACUUCACCACAUCAGAUCUAUAAAUCAUUUUUAAAAGAAUGUACAUGUUGUGAUUUUUUUUUAUACAUACAUGCACAUCAGUUUCUGAGUUUCUUUAUACGAUGAUAAAGCAUCUUUCUUGCAACCUUACUUAAGUUGUGUCAUGACAUUUUCUUCUGUUUUCCGUAUUAUUUGUAAGUUCAGUCUGGUUACACUUCCUCAAUUGUUUCCUGUAUGAUCUUGAUAUUCAUCAGAAAGAUUUUGCUGCUUCUGGAAUAAUUAAAUCAAAAGACGUUGGCGUAUUUCUAAUUUAUUCCACCAUAUGAGAACGUAAAAUGUGUAUAGCUCAUAUCAGUUUUUUACCCAGCGGAGAAAUGGCAAUAUAUGUAUCUAUGUUUAUUUUAAAUCCCAGUUGUGCGUGUGCAUGCCGGAUUGAUUUUGUCAAACAUUGGAUUAUUCCAAAGUGGCCUUGCAUUUUUAUGGAAAUUUUCUUCUAGUCAGCGGUGUGUUUUGUUCGUUUGAUUUUUGUUUAUUUAUUUCUUUGUUUUGAUUUGUUGCCCCUUAAAACAGACUUGUUUACAUGGCUUCUUUCAAAUAUGUUCAGUAUGCUCUCAGCACUAUAUACAGUUGCCUGUAAAGAAUUGACUUUUACUUUAAAUAGUAUUUUUGUGUGUACUUGAAGAGUUGAACGAAAAUGCUAAUAAAUUGUGAUACUCGGUGGGAAA